AUGCAGGUCCCCAUGGUCGUCACAUCUGGUUGGAGGGAAUCAAGCAGCCGGUGGCAACGUGUUGCCACCACGCCAGUGAAGCGUUUUUGCGGCGUCAUCAAGCCCUGCAUGGUAGAGAUGGUGUCCUUCCUCAACUGCCUCGCCUUGAACAAGCAUAGAGAUGACAAGUGCAUAAGGCAGAAGGAGCUCUUGGUUGCCUGUACUCAGGCUCAGCAAGGGAAGCCAAAGAAUGCAGCAAACACGAUCAAUUACCAUCUACAGAUGCUUGGGCGAGACAAGUUCCACUAG